CAGGGAGGAAAUCUCCCCUGGACUGGAGGGCCCCCCUCUUGUGAUGAGCUUGGCCGUCAUAAUCUCUACCCUGCUCUCUCCGGUACCAUCCUACUGUAACCAGCAGCUCACAGAACCCAUUUGGCGCCCACCAUGGAGUUGGAUAAUUUAGGGGAUGGAGAAGAUGCCCACAUGCUGAAUGGCAGUGUGUCGGAGAGCCUGAAUACCGAGAGACUAAACAUGGAGGAUGGGGAUGAAGCGGAAGAAGCAGCUCUUGAAGAAAGGGAGAAGUUUCUGUCGCAUGUGGUUCCCCAGAAAUCCAACUUUACCGAUUUCGAAGGGAAGACAUCAUUUGGCAUGUCCGUGUUUAACCUGAGCAAUGCCAUUAUGGGCAGCGGGAUUCUGGGCCUGGCCUAUGCCAUGUCUAACACUGGCAUCAUUCUCUUUGUAUUCCUCCUGAUCUCCAUUGCUCUACUCUCUUGUUACUCCAUCCACCUUCUUCUCAAGUGCUCUGGAGUUGUGGGGAUUCGUGCUUAUGAGCAGCUGGGACUCCGAGCUUUUGGCACUGCAGGGAAGAUUCUGGCAGCAGUGAUUAUAACAAUGCACAAUGUGGGAGCAAUGUCCAGUUAUUUGUACAUCAUCAAAUAUGAACUGCCGCUUGUUAUCCAAACCUUCAUGGGCCUGACCAGUAAUUCCGGGGCCUGGUAUAUGAAUGGCAACUACCUCAUCGUUAUAGUCAGCAUCUUAGUCAUUCUUCCCCUGGCGCUUAUGAAACAUCUAGGAUACCUGGGAUACACCAGUGGUUUCUCCCUCACGUGUAUGGUCUUCUUUUUGUGUUCGGUUAUAUACAAAUACUCUGUAAUUCCUUGCCCGCUGAACAGCACGGUAGCAGAAAACCACACCAUCUACACCAACGGUCAGAAACUGGAGGAGGAAGACGUAUGCACAGCUAAGCUACUGACAGUCAAUUCUCAGACAGCUUACUCCAUCCCAAUUGUGGCGUUUGCCUUUGUGUGCCACCCUGAGGUCCUGCCCAUAUACACAGAGCUACGCAGGGCUUCCAAGUCACGGAUGCAGAAUGUGGCCAAUGUUUCCAUCUUUGCCAUGUUUAUCAUGUACCUGCUCACUGCCAUCUUCGGCUACUUAACCUUUUACGGUAACGUGGAAUCUGAGAUGCUACACACUUACAACAAGGUGGAUCCCCUGGACAAGCUGAUGCUCUGCGUGCGUCUGGCUGUGUUGGUGGCUGUGACACUCACUGUACCGGUGGUUCUCUUCCCAAUCCGCAGAGCUAUCCAGCAGCUUCUUUGUCCAGGACAGGAGUUCAAGUGGUGGCGUCAUAUCCUUAUAGCUGUGGUGCUGCUUAUUGCUGUCAAUAUUCUCGUCAUCUUCGUCCCCAACAUCAGGGACAUUUUUGGCGUUAUCGGAGCCACAUCAGCCCCGAGCCUUAUUUUCAUCCUGCCGAGCAUUUUCUACAUCCGCAUCGUCCCCAAUGAGAAGGAGCCACUCCGGUCCCGUCCCAAGAUACAGGCUGCCUUGUUUGCUUCUCUGGGAUUCAUUUUCAUGAUAAUGAGCCUGAGUUUCAUCAUAGUCGACUGGGUGACGACAGGAAAGAGCAACGUUGGGGGGCACUAACCGGACCCUCCCUCCUCUCCCUUUGGAUAUGAACAUUGGGGCAGCUCCCCUAGGGACCCCUAUAUCCAAAGUGAUGCAGCAGCACGGCCUCUGCAACUGGAAGGAACAAAUCCUUAAUCAAACUUGAGAACCAAAGGACCUGAAGCAACUAAAUGAGGAGAGAGGGACCUUCUCAUGAAACCGCACAAGAUUAAACCAUAGGUGCCCAAAGUGACUCUACCAUGCCGGGUGUGGAGUCACACUCAUGCUGCCCUCUCACUUGACCCUCAGCCACUACAGAGAUGCAACACUCUUUAUUCCUUUUCCACGGGCCCCAUCUGUCUGUCCUUGGAGAAAGCACUAGGUUGGACAUGAACCCCAAGCACCUGUGCGUUAUUUCCCUCACCUCUGCAACUUGAGUGUUACCAAAACUUCAUUGAAUCACAGUGUAUCUACCUCACUAUGCCCCCUCCAAGAGGGGGUAAGAGUGUGUGCUGCACUCAGGGGGAUAGUUAAGCACUCUCUUUGAGAGGACACUACAGCAGCAACACAAUAAAAGCCAUAUCAGCUACCCCUACACGUCACUAACAGCCUUUUCCUUUCUACCAAUGCAAGUAUGAAUGUGCUGGUGUGCCAGGUGGCUCGCUGCACCCCUAUACCCCGCAGCUGGGGAUACAGUGAAACAACACUAGUUGUGAAGGCAGCAGUUCCUUUUUUAUAAUUAACUGUUACACAUCUGUAGCCACACAGCUAUAGUAUCCCUAGCCUACACUUGGCUCCUAGUUCAGCUGGCCCCCAUACUGUGGGAAGCUGGCGGCUUCAGAUCUUCCCUCUCCUCCUGAUCACUGUGAAUUCAGUGGGAAUUCCAAUGCUUUGGUGCUGGAUUGUGCCAACUAGCGCAGCGCCCCCCAGUGUUACACACUCCACCAACAGGCUAUGCUGGGAGGGCAGGAUGACAAUUCCCAGACUGUUACAAAGGCCACAGCGAGCAAUGUGCAAGUGUGGACUGUAUGCAGAAAAGAGGUAAUAAAUAAUUUUAUGUGA